AUGGCGGCAGCCGCCAAAGCAGCCUCGAGCGCCGCGGGCGCUGCAAACGGCUUCGUCCCGCGCGCCGUCUUCGAAGUAUCGGCGUCCAUCACGCGAUCCUACUUCCUCGGCCACCACACAGCAGCGCUGACAUCAAUGCGCAAAGUACUCUCGAACAUCGGGCUGAUCCUCGAAUGCCGGGACUCGCGGGUCCCCUUAACAUCCACCAAUCCACUCCUCGAAUCCUCUCUCGCAAGCCGCGACCGGAUAAUAGUCUACACAAAGUCCGACCUCUGCGCACCGGCAACAUCGACGCGGUGGUUGGCGAGACAGCAAAGCCUGUUGACGGAAUGGCACCAAAACUCGCCUUCUUCAGGCAGUGGUGUGAUCGGGGGUAGGACGGAGGUGGUGUUCACGGACGAGCGCAAUCCGCGGAGUAUACAGCGUCUCCUCGCUCUCGUCAAAGAGCGCGCCGCGGCGCAGGACUCGCUCCUCGGAUUGCGCGCCCUCGUAGUCGGGAUGCCGAACGCCGGGAAAUCCACGCUUCUGAACGCGCUGCGCCGCGUCGGCAUGCGUCUCCCGGGCGCCGCGCGGACAGGCGCCCAGCCGGGCGUGACGCGGAAACUAAGCACACCCGUGCGCAUCGUCGCUGCUACCGAAACCAGCGACGGCGCCUACAAUGACGCACAAGACGUAGGCGAAGGCGUCUUCGUCGUGGACACGCCUGGCGUCUUCGUGCCCUACGUAUCGGACCUCGAAUCCAUGCUCAAGCUCUCCCUCGUGGGCUGCGUGAAAGACGGCCUAGUCCCCGCCGAGACGAUAGCAGACUACAUGCUCUUCCUGAUCAACCAGCGCGAUCCCACCAUCUACGCCGACCUGAGCGCCCCCACAAACGACGUCCAGGAAUUCCUCGACGCCGUCGCAGUGCGCACGGGCAAGUUGCUCAAAGGCGGGGUUCCCGCGCGCGAACACGCUGCCGACUGGGUCGUGCAGCAGUGGCGGCGGGGCCAUCUGGGCCGUUUCGGGCUCGACGAUAUCAGUGAAGAAGGGCUGAAGGCGCGCGCGACGAGGCUUGCGCUGGAACAGAACGAGGGCGAUGCGCCGCUGAGCCUGAGUCAGGCCAGGAAGCGUGAGAAGGAGGCCCGGAAGGCGCGGAGUUUGGCCAAGCGAGCGGCUGCACUCGACCCAACUUCUUGA